AUGGGCGAACACAAUCUCCUGAACCCUGGGUUCGUGGGGCCGCUGGUCAAUAUCCACACGGGCGACACCUUCUAUUUCCCCAACUUCCGCGCCUCGGGGGCACAGUUGCCCGGGCUUCCUUCGCUGCCCUACCCGCGGCGGGACAAUGUGUGUUCGCUGCCCUGGGCGUCAGGGGAGCCCUGCAAUGCCUACCCGCAGCCCUACCUCGGCGGCCCCGUGUCGCUCAGCCCUCCUUUCGGCCGGACGUGCGAGCUGGCCCGAGUCGACGACACCAAGUGCUACUAUCGCGACGCGUGCUCCGAGCCGGGGGCCGGGCUCAAGCGGGAGGAGCGGGGCCGGGACACGGGGCUGAUGACCCUGGAGCCGUCGGGGGCCGCGGCCCCGGCCAUGGCCUUCGCCGGCGGCAAGUACGAUUACAGCGCGGCGGCGGCGGCGGCGGUGGGGCCGGGGGUCGACGGUUCCGCCCCGCACGACCCCGCGUCCUGUCAGUCCCUCGAGUCCGACUCCGGCUCGUCUCUACUCAACGAAGGCGGCAAAGGAGGCGGCGGCGGAGGAGGAGGAGGCGGCGACGCGGGGGCCCUCGGGUCCCCCAUCAACCAGGGCCACGGUCUCUCGGCCAGCGGCACUCCCUGGUACCCGCUUCACACGAGGUCGAGGAAGAAGCGCAAACCUUACUCGAAGCUGCAGCUGGCCGAGCUGGAAGGCGAAUUUCUGGUGAACGAGUUUAUAACGCGUCAGAGGAGACGGGAGCUCUCGGACCGAUUGAACCUUAGUGAUCAGCAAGUGAAGAUCUGGUUUCAGAACCGCAGGAUGAAAAAGAAAAGACUUCUCCUCCGAGAGCAAGCCCUCUCCUUCUUCUAG